AAACACAGAAAUAUAUGAAGAUUAACGCACUAGUCAUUUUCUUUUAGAGAUUGUUGUGAAGAUGUUGUUGAAAUGGAUUUGCUGUGUGUUUCUAAUAGUUUUAAUAAUAGAUGUAGAUCUAAUUGACUGCGGGUUUUUUUCUUCCUCUCGUUCAUCUGGCUCCCGCAGUUCGAGUUCUCGAGGAUCUAGCUCAUCGGGAUCCCGUAGUUCUACGUCAUACGGUACCCGAAACUCGGGUUAUCGAACCACCCCACGACCUACUAGAAGAACUACUAGGUACCACCCUGUAACUACAAUGCCUACUAGAAGAACUACUAGGUACCAUCCUGUUACUACAAUGCCUACUAGAAGAACUACUAGGUACCAUCCUGUUACUACAAUGCCUACUAGGAGAACUACUAGGUACCAUCCUGUUACUACAAUGCCUACUAGAAGAACUACUAGGUACCAUCCUGUUACUACAAUGCCUACUAGGAGAACUACACCUACUAGACAACCGCCAUACAAUCCACACUACAAUUCUUCUAAAAUAACUAGUAAACAGCCGCCUUAUAAUCCAUUCUUUUCUUCUACGACCAAGCAACCUCCGUACAAUCCCUUCUGGACGAGUACUAGUAGAACAAAUCAUUCUUCUGGCUUGGGAGUCACUAAGCAACCACCUUAUAAUCCUUUUUUAACACCUACCACUAAAGCAACCUUCUACUCGUCGACGCCUUCUCGUCAUUUCAACGGUUCUAAUUUCCAUACAACCCCAUCAUAUAAUAAUAACAAUGGAAGACCUCUAGGGAUACAUACGACGAAGAUGACCUCACUAGGAAGCGGUAGAAAUAAUUACACAAAUUCCAAUCAAAAUAACUUUGGUCAAACACCUAGACCUGUAUAUACGACGAGUAAACCCAAUUAUCAACCAAAAUAUAAUUCAAGUAGACCCAUAAAUCAAGGGAUACGCCCUACGUACAAUACAACCAAACCUUUUUAUCAAGGACCCGUUUAUAACACAUCGAACUACAAACCUGUAGGUUCAUCAGUUAGACCUGGUAAUGCAGGAGUGUACCAACCACCAGUGGUACACAGAAACAGCACGUUCACUACUGGUUCCGGACGAUCUCCAAAUUAUCCCGUACAACAUUUAGUUAAUCCCGUACAACCAUCACAUACGACAACUAUAAUCAACAACAACAACAACAACAAUCAUUACUACGGACGACCUAGUUAUUACACCCCAGGAUCAUCAGGAAACACACACGUGACUAUAAUUAACAAUAAUUACAAUCCGAAUCAUCACGUGAUCAUUCCUUCGACUCAUUAUUACAGUUACGGUCCACCAGCUCUAGGAAUAAGUGUUGUUAAUACAAAUUACUACGAUCCGUUUAGUACCAGUCAUUAUCGUACUACUUAUCAUUAUAGUACCUACGAUACCGGUAGUACUUCUUUAGGUUUCUUCUUAGGUUAUCAAUUAGGUAGGAUAAAUCGACCUAGUUACUAUUACCAUAGUACUACGUACGUAGAUCACGAAUACGUACCGAGAUACGAUCAUUACACAGUACAUCAUUAUUAUCACAACGCUGAUAAUAUCCCUACCGAAGCGCCGAUACAACCUAACGCCGUCGUGACAUGCGCUGGCGAUAGCAGUAAUUUAUGUCCCCCCGGUAACUAUCCGUUGUGUACCAACAACGGAGCCGUGAUGUGCGUUGUAUCCGCUUCUUCGACACAACCGUGCAGUACUAAUUCUAGAAAACUUAAUUGCGUAACUAGUACUAUACCGUGCGAAGGUAACAACUCACCGGAAUGCAAACAAAAAUCCUCAACAUCCGUAAGUAUACCGUGCGUUUCUACGGCCAGUAUCGCAGCUGGAGUCAACUAUGUUAAUAAUAGUAUAAUCGUAACCGACGCUGGCGAUACUUCCGUUAAAAAUUUCUGCGUUACCGUUUUAGCACUACCAACUAAAAACGAAACUAAAACUAAUACUACCACAGAACCAAAAGUACCAUUCCAAUAUACAACAAAUAUCACAGGGGUAGAUAUAUUAGGAUACUAUUUAGGUUAUAAAUUACAAAAACUGUUAGAACCUAGUUAUAAUUAUCUAAAUUACGACGCUAAUUAUAAUUACGUAGAAAAGUACGAUCACUACGACGUUUUCCAUUAUUACCACGGAGGUAAUUUCCUAGCGGAACAAGUGGAAUUCAAAGCGGAACAAAUGAUGAGCUGCGCUGGAGAUAGUGGAACGUUCUGUCCAUCGAAUACGCUUUCUUUAUGUCUAAACGAUGGUUCAGUAGCUUGCGUAACUGAUAUAUCCACAACAUCGUUUAAUAACGAUACUAAAACUAACUAUUUCAAUAGUACCAUUGCCUGUGAUAAGUUAAAAUCGCCUGUUUGUAUAUCAAAUCAAACUUUAAAUCUACCAAUACAAAUACCUUGUAUAUCAACGGCUAAAGUUUACGCUAAUGUUAGUUUUAUUAUUAAAAAUUACGGUAACGGCAUCGAGAAUGUUUAUUAUCGUACUAUCGAGGUAGUAAACGGUACUCAAAAUGUUACUACGCCGCGUGAAUUUUGUGUAGCUAUAUUAGUUACACCAGGUAUUAAAUUCCUUAGUACUACGCCGGAUAAAAGACAAAUAACUGGUAUACCAAAUAGUAAAAGUUACCAAAGUUUACCAAAAUAUAAUUACAACCCAGGGAAUAAAACCAUAGAAGCUUUUAUGGCUUAUAGGUUAGGUAUAAUGGCGUAUCCUACUAUUUAUUACAUGAACGCUUAUUGGUUUUCCGUUGACGGUACUAUCCAAAAGUACGAUCAUUAUACGCCGAUUUCUUAUUAUUCGGGUAAAGAAGUUUUACCCAAAUUUUUGGAAUUUCAAGCUUUCGAUUUGAGGGCUUGCGAUGGCGAUAGCGGUUUAUUCUGUCCUACAAAUACGUCUUCUAUUUGUUUGAACGACGGGGCGGUGAUGUGUUUGACCGAUUUGAUGUUGACGGUGCCUUGUUUGAAGUACAACGACACCGUUUGCGUCAGAUCGACGGUAUCUUGCGCUAAUAAUUAUCCUUGUCAAAAGACGAGUAGGAGUAAAAGGGUUAGUAUACCUUGUAUUUCGACUGCGACUAUUUACGGCGAUGUAAAACUCGAGAGAAGUUAUAUCUAUAAGAAAAUACCGUCCGCUGCUAAAUUAUAUGAGAAUUUGCAGCCGAUUCCUGGUACUAAUGUCAAUAAUACACCCGUGUAUCAUAAGGCGCAACAAUUUUGUGUUACCUUAACCGCUUUACCUGCUGAAAGGGUUGUUUCGGAAGGAGAGAAGUUCCUUGAAGGGUCAGAAUCUUUAUUUGGGAGAAUUACUUCGAAAAUCUUCGGGUUUUAAACUUGUUGUAAGUAUUAUAUGUAAAUAAUUAAAAUGAUGAAAAGUAACGUUUUUAAGAGGGGUAAAUGUUCAUCUAGAAAUAUAUUCCAAUAGGAAUAGUAACCUUUGAAUCAAGAACUCUUUGACUCAUUUAUUGGGGUGAGUCAAUCUACGUUCUAACCUCUUUCUUCUUUUUUAAACUAAAGUUUUUCAAAAUUUUAAAUUUAAUACUUUACGAGCUCUAAGGGAAAAAUCAAAGGAGUGUAAUUUUUUAUGAAUUACUAAUUUUUUUACGGUUUGUCGACUAGACUAUUCCAGGGAAAUCUCAUAAAACGAAAAUGUACUUAUGACAGAGAGUUUUUCCUGUCACCGGAAAUUAUAAUAUAGGUUAGGUUAUUUCCUUACUUCAACCACAAAAUAGGUACCUCAGAUUUUUGAUUUUACAAUGUUUUAGACAAACUUGUACUUUUUUAUUAAUAGAUUAAUAAAUAAUUAAAGUGGAAAAAA